AUGGACAUGUGGGAUAACAGCAAUGGUACGGGGGUAGAGGCUAUAUACGUAACUAUGAGUGCACAGCGUUUCAAGUUUCUCAUGCGAUGUCUCAGAUUUGAUGACAUAAGAACUAGGGACCAGCGAAAAGCGCUUGAUAAGUUAGCUCCCAUAAGGGAAAUUUUUGAAGAUUUUGUAUCCAACUCAAAAAAUUCUUUCAACCCCUCAGAUUAUUUGAGUAUUGACGAACAGCUUGUUGAAUUCCGAGGAAACUGCCCAUUUCGCCAAUACAUUCCCAGUAAGGCAGCCAAGUACGGAAUCAAAAUAUACGCACUUGCUUCAGCCAGUAACUUAUUAGCAAAUUUAGAGGUAUACGUGUAUUCCCAGCCAGAUGGUCCUUAUCGUGUCAGCAAUUCAGCUAACGAUUUAGUGCUUAGGCUAGUUGAACCAGUAGUUGGAUCAAACAGAAAUAUAUCUUUAGGCAACUGGUUUGUCUCUCUCCAGCUUGCUGUGACUCUCUUGAAAGAAAAAUCACUCACACUUGUUGGAACGAUAAGAGGAAACAGGAGGGAAGUUCCCCAGAACUUUUUAGCCGAUAAAGACCGAGAGGUACAUACCAGUUUAUUUGGUUACCACGAAAAAGCAACCUUGGUGUCUUAUGUACCCAGAAAAAAUAAAGCUGUGAUUGCAUUAUCAACCAUGCACAAAGUGGGUGAGAUCGAUCCUAGUACUGGUGAUAAACAAAAACCGGUGAUAAUAACAACAUACAUCGAAACAAAGUUUGGGGUUGACAUAUUAGACAAGAUGUGCAAACAGUAUGAUACCGCUAGAAACUCUAGAAGAUGGCCCUUGACUAUUUUUUUCCAUUUGUUGAAUGUUGGUGGUGUAAAUGCUCUCAACAUUUAUCGAGCUAACCAUAACAAUGAGAAUGUAAUUCGAUACAAAUAUUUGAGUACACGGGCUUUGGACCUAAUGAAACCUGCUAUUCACCGACGAAUAAGUAUCACAACUCUGCCAAAGGAAAUCCAGGAAAGAGGCAAACUACUUCUGGGUAUUAAAGAUAGAGUAGAAGAGCAGCCAGAGAGAAUAAAUGCAAGUAAAGGCCGCUGUUCUCAAUGUGGACGAGCCAAGGACAAGAAAGUUAAAACCACCUGCGAGAAGUGCAACAACUUCACUUGUCCAGAUCACAUGAAAAAAAUUUGUGUUCGCUGCUAUGAGUAG